AUGGGUUUUGUGUGGGAUCCCGACCAAAGCGGAGAAUCAGGGUUUUCUUAUUUCGGUUUUGAACAGCCAGAAGAUAUUCCUAAAAGACAGUCAUCACCUUCCUUAACAAGUGAAACGGAUGAAAAUAGUCAGAAUUCCGGAAAUCUUGCACAAAGUGCGCAAGACGCGCCCGAAUCAAGCCAAGCAGACGACAGUCUUGGCUUGGAUGAGCAUUCUAAUGAACAACAAAGCACUGAAAGCCCUCAAACUCCAAAAACUGAAACAGAAAAUCCAGAUGAUAACAAAAGUGAGGGAGCUGAUUCAACCCAGCACAGAAAAUCGUCAGACUCUCCACGUGCAACUGAAAAUGUACCAUCUAUGAGUGUCCCUACUCUGUUUCAAGCUUCACUAAGAGCGUCCCUAGCUGCGGGAAUUCUUGUGGAAAAUCCUCCUCAGAAUGAAUUCUCUGAAAAUGCAGGUUCAUCCCAAAAAGCUGCUGGAGCAACAUAUAUAAUGGCUGGCAUUAACCCCGAUUUUGGAUUUACUGAACAACCAACUGCAAGCAAAUGUGAGGCAACACAUGUUAUGACUAGCAUUGCUCAAAAAAGUGACAUAUCUGAGCAACAAAUUACCAGUGUAUCAGAGACAACAAAUGCAAUGUCAAACCAUAUGAAUACUCAUAAUUCAAUACAACAGCAACAGCCACAACAGUUUUCCGAUUUGCAUCAGCAUGUUCUUAGACCAACUCCACUUUCUGCCAUUGAUGAAAACAAUAAUGAAAUGCCAUCAGCGUCUACAGCAGAAGAAGCUUGGAAUAUCUUGAGCAACCUUGGGCACUUGAUACAGUCCAACCAUACUGGUUUUCCUGCAUAUACCAGUUCUUGCAACCAAAGUGUCAAUGGGGAAUAUAGCUUGCCUGCUACAAAUUUCUACAGCUCAACAACAAGCACUAUGACAAGUAGAUUGAAGCCAUGUAUCCAAUCACAGCCACUUACUGGUACUCCUGGAGACACAACUUUGAAAGCUUUCCAGCCACCAGUACUUAAACCAUCUCCUGUUCAAAGCAUGUAUGCUCCAGUACCCAGCAGUACUAAAUAUGUUGGUACCCCACGCCCGGUAGAGUUAACAAGCAAAGGGCCCAAACCUCUGAAGGUUCCACAGAUGAUGGCUGGGCCAUAUUCCUAUGUUCAUGUGCCAUAUCGUCUCCAGUAUUCAGCCUCAUCUAUGCCACCACCACCGCCACAACCACCGCCACCACCAUCAAGGCCACUUCAACCGAUUCAGCCAACUAAGUCUGAUAUCUACCAGAAUGUGCGUCAGGCACUCAAAUUUGCUGAUCAGAUGCACAGUGACCUAGGAAGUGAAUCUCAAAGUACAAGUUCAGUUACACCCAUGCACAGUACCAUGGUUGACAAGAAUGGAAGCAUAAGGAACAACAUUGGUGCCUCCCCAGACUUCCCUGUUGUUCCACCCAACACUCCCACUUCUGAUUUCAAACUCCGAUAUCAAAACAUCCUGCCAGGGCCAAUGGAUCAGGAGUUUUACACUUGGUCUAAUGAAAGAGACAGCAGAGGAGAUCACAAUGCAAAAGAGAGAAAGAGAAGAGCCAGGAUAUCUGAAGCCUGUCAUGCUUUACGCCAACUUGUGCCUGGUUUGAGUGACAAGACUGACAAAGCCACAGUGUUCGAGUUUGCAGCUCAGUACAUAAUCCACCUAAGGGAGGUUAUUGGCUCCGAGUAUGAUAAGAUGCACAGUGACCUAGGAAGUGAAUCUCAAAGUACAAGUUCAGUUACACCCAUGCACAGUACCAUGGUUGACAAGAAUGGAAGCAUAAGGAACAACAUUGGUGCCUCCCCAGACUUCCCUGUUGUUCCACCCAACACUCCCACUUCUGAUUUCAAACUCCGAUAUCAAAACAUCCUGCCAGGGCCAAUGGAUCAGGAGUUUUACACUUGGUCUAAUGAAAGAGACAGCAGAGGAGAUCACAAUGCAAAAGAGAGAAAGAGAAGAGCCAGGAUAUCUGAAGCCUGUCAUGCUUUACGCCAACUUGUGCCUGGUUUGAGUGACAAGACUGACAAAGCCACAGUGUUCGAGUUUGCAGCUCAGUACAUAAUCCACCUAAGGGAGGUUAUUGGCUCCGAGUAUGAUAAGGACUUUUUGAGGAAAUACAGCCCUUAUUAA